ACAAAAGAGAAAACCCAAAGAAAAAACAGAGGGGGGAUUUGGGUUUAGCCAUUAAGGUUCUUCUUGUUCGGAAAACCCUACUAGUGUACUGGAAGCCUUAGGUUUAACACUAGCCGAUACAAUUACAGAGCUCCUUUGCUGAAGGCGGUGGUGGUCAUGAUGUCACUCUCUCUUCCUCACUCACUCCCUCGCUCUCCUCCUCUCCAGUUAAACCCGCCCAGAAUCGUUCCCUCGUCUCAUCGCUUCACUCUUUUCCGAUGCUCCGCCAGUCUCAGAGCCUCUCUCAAUUCCCAAAAUUCCAGAGUCAGUGUUCGACUCCCUGCCGCGAAUCAACCAGUUGCAACAAAGUUACAAGUGGAACGUUUUGCAAGCAUUUCUUCCUCGAACAGUCAAGAAACAUCUUCUGUUGGUGUCAACCCACAAUUCUCAGUACCUCCCCCACCCUCCAAUACAGGAUCACCUCUAUUUUGGAUUGGCGUUGGUGUUGCGUUUUCUGCAGUAUUUUCAUGGGCUGCUGGAAGGUUAAAGAAUUAUGCAAUGCAACAAGCUUUUAAGACUGUGAUGGGCCAGAUGAAUUCACAAAAUGACCAGUUCAGUAAUGCUGCAUUUUCUCCGGGAUCACCUUUUCCAUUUCCAGCAGCUCCAGGAUCGCCGUCUGCCUCACCAUUUUCAGCAUCUGCUCAACCUUCUUUCACAGAUGUAUCUGCAACCAGAGUAGAUGAAUCACCACCAGCCUCAUCAGCCUCGUCAGCCACUCCUUCCACACCUGCUACUGAUGUCAAAGACGAAGAAAAACCAAAGAAAGAACAGAAAAGUUAUGCUUUUGUAGAUGUUACUCCAGAAGAAACUGUGCAGCAGAGUCCUUUUGAAAGUAGCUUACGAGAUACUGAAAUAGGUUCAUCUAAGGAAGCCAAGAAUAAUGUGGAAGGUUCUCAGAAUGGAGCUGCUUUUAAGCAGGGGACAGAUGCUCCCAUGGGGUCUCAAAAUACUGGAAAAGAAAAUUCUGUUCUAUCAGUGGAAGCAUUGGAGAAAAUGUUGGAAGAUCCGACUGUACAGAAGAUGGUUUACCCCUAUUUACCUGAGGAGAUGAGGAAUCCCACUACUUUCAAAUGGAUGCUACAAAAUCCACAAUAUCGCCAACAGCUAGAAGACAUGUUACGUAAUAUGGCUGGAAGCAGUGAAUGGGACAAUCGAAUGAUGGAUUCUUUGAAAAAUUUUGAUCUUAGCAGUCCAGAGGUCAAGCAGCAGUUUGAUCAGAUUGGGCUUACACCUGAGGAAGUUAUUUCAAAAAUAAUGGACAAUCCUGACGUUGCUAGGGCAUUUCAAAAUCCAAGAGUUCAAGCUGCCAUAAUGGAUAUUAUUUUGUGUCUUGUGCAGUGUUCGCAGAAUCCAAUGAGUAUUGCAAAAUAUCAAAAUGAUAAGGAGGUGAUGGAUGUCUUCAAUAAGAUAUCAGAACUUUUCCCCGGAGUGUCUGGAUCACCUUGAAACUAUGAAAGCUUUCCCAAACCACUGAGCAUGGCACUCAUUAUCAUGAGUUCAUGACCAUGCAUUGCAUGGGGUGUCAUAUUAGUGCACUGUUUUGAGAUAGUAGUUAGAUGUCCUUGGUGUAAUCUAUUGGAUGAACUGAAAGCGAAAUGUUGCUAUGGGAGUAGAUUGUAUAUUGAGUUCUGAAAAUCUUUCUAGCAUUCUUUUGUGAUGUGGGUUUUUGUAGCUGUAUUUGAAAUGUUAUGUAGCAAAUUCUACCCAAUAAAAUUGAUAGGAUUUACAAA